CCUCCGCCCUCCCCCCCCUCCGGGCCCUGCUCCCUGCCCUCCUGGGCGGCCAGGGCAGCAAGGACGGCACCCAGGGAGUUGCCCCAUGGACAGGGCCCCACAGAGACACCACCGAGCCUCGCAGGAGCUGCUGGCUGCAAAGAAGACCCACACCUCACAAAUCGAAGUGAUCCCUUGCAAAAUCUGCGGGGACAAGUCAUCCGGGAUCCACUACGGGGUCAUCACCUGCGAGGGGUGCAAGGGUUUCUUCCGCCGGAGCCAGCACUGUAGCGUGGCCUACUCCUGCACCCGUCAGCAGAACUGCCCCAUCGACCGCACUAGCCGGAACCGAUGCCAGCACUGCCGCCUGCAGAAAUGUCUGGCGCUUGGCAUGUCCCGAGACGCUGUCAAGUUUGGCCGCAUGUCCAAGAAGCAAAGAGACAGCCUGCACGCUGAGGUGCAGAAACAGCUACAGCAGCAGCAGCAGCGGGAGCAAGUGGCCAGGACCCCUCCCACAGGGGGCCAAGGGACAGACCCCCUCUCCUGCACCCUGGGGCUUCCAGAUGGGCAGCUGCCCCUGGGCUCCUCGCCGGACCUGCCCGAGGCCUCUGCCUGUCCCCCUGGCCUCCUGAGAGCCUCGGGCUCCGGGCCCUCCUCCUCCCACAGCUUGGCCAAAGGCGGGCUCCACAGGGCCUCCUACCAUCAUGAAUACAGCCCUGAGCGGGGCAAGGCUGAGGGCAGAGAGAGCUUCUACAGCACGGGCAGCCAGCUGACCCCUGACACGUGCGGACUUCAUUUUGAGGACCCCAGGCAACCUGGGCUGGGGGAACCAGGGCAGGGCCCGGACGGCUACUGCAGCCCCAGUUUCCGCAGCACCCCAGAGGCGCCCUAUGCCUCCCUGACGGAGAUUGAGCACUUGCUGCAGAACGUGUGUAAGUCCUACCGAGAGACGUGUCAGCUGCGGCUGGAGGACCUGCUGCGGCUUCGCUCCAACCUCUUCUCCCGGGAGGAAGUGGCCAGCUACCAGAGGAAGUCGAUGUGGGAGAUGUGGGAACGCUGUGCCCACCGCCUCACCGAGGCCAUCCAGUACGUGGUGGAGUUCGCCAAGAGGCUCUCGGGCUUUAUGGAGCUCUGCCAGAAUGACCAGAUCGUGCUCCUCAAAGCAGGAGCCAUGGAAGUGGUGCUGGUGAGGAUGUGCCGGGCCUAUAAUGCCGACAACCACACGGUCUUUUUUGAGGGCAAAUAUGGUGGCGUGGAGCUGUUCCGAGCCUUGGGCUGCAGCGAGCUCAUCAGCUCCAUCUUUGACUUCUCCCGCUCGCUGAGUGCCUUGCGCUUUUCCGAGGAUGAGAUUGCCCUCUACACAGCCCUUGUCCUUAUCAAUGCCAGUCGGCCAGGGCUCCAGGAGAAAAGGAAAGUAGAACAGCUGCAGUACAACCUGGAGCUGGCCUUUCAUCACCAUCUCUGCAAGACUCAUCGCCAAGGCAUCCUAGCAAAGCUGCCACCCAAGGGGAAGCUUCGGAGCCUGUGCAGCCAGCACGUGGAAAAGCUGCAAACCUUCCAGCAUCUCCACCCCAUCGUGGUCCAAGCUGCUUUCCCCCCACUCUACAAGGAGCUCUUCAGCACUGAAAUCGAGUCACCUGACGGACUGUCCGAGUGACCUGGAAGAGGGACUUCUUCCCCGUCUCCUCCCCAGCCUGCUGGCCCACCUCCCCGGGCCCCCCUCCCACCCUCAGCUUUGUCCUUUCUCGUGCCCCCUGGAGGGUGGUCCCUGCCUAUCCUUUGGGAGUGGCCAAGUGUGGAGACUGGUUUUCUGCCCACUGGGCCUGCCUGGCAGUGGGCCAAGGGCCAGAGGGUAGGGAUGGAGGAAGACCGUCUCCAGCCUGAGCUUUGUUCUGUCCCAGUUCCUACGCCCCUUCCCCCAGCUCCUGGGAGGCCUGAGGGGGUGGGGGGGUGGGGGGGUAAGGACCUCUAAGAGGACCAAGGUGUCCUCAGGACCACAGGGGGCCCAGGACACCCUGGACAAAUGGAAUUCAACUCUGGGCUCUGAAGCGAAGACUAGGCCUUUGAAAUACCUCAUUGCUUUUCUCCCAUGGGGGCUUCAGCUGGGGGAGGAGCCUCAAGCUCAGAGAUAGGCCGCUGGAGCCCAAAAGGACCUGUAUAGAACACGAACGGAUCUUUAGAUUUUUCUGCCUCUCUCCUUCCUCCCAGCUCAGCAAGGAAAUGGUUGGGCACCUUGCCAUUUUCCUAGGGUCUAAAAAACAAAAACUGCAUACAUGGAUAGUAAGGGGCCGGGGACAACAUUCGUAUGGGGUUUGGGUAUAGGAUAGGGUACAAUGAAAGCAGGAGAGAGAGAGAGAGAGAGAGAGAGAGAGAGAGAGAGAGAGAGAGAGAGAGA